GGGACGAAGAGGAUCGAGUAGGGCCAAACUUUUUCAAGUUUCCGAUAAUAAUAUUUCAUCAGCGGAACAAACCCAACAAGAAACAUUACUUCCACUCCCAUUUCAACUACUUCCACAUAUCUGUAAAUACUUUUCAAAUUCCAUGCAACUUGCCAAACAUUACAUAACAAAGAAGCUCUGCAGUUUACACUGAUCCAAACCCAGUACUCUCAUCGUCUUCUUCUUCUCUUCAACCCUACCUAGCUCCAAUGGCUUCCCUCUCAAUUGGGGUCCGCUUGCCUCCAUCCCACCACCAUUUGAAGAAACGCUCACUGCCCUUUCUUUCUCAGACCCAAAGCUUAUCUCCUUCUCAGCCUUGCUUUGGCUCAUCUUUGCGUGGAAUUCGAGGCUCAAGAUUGCCGGGGAGUGGUAUACUGGCCAGAGCUGAAGACAAAGCUAGAGGUUCGAAUUCUUCUUCUUCGUCGGCUCAGCAGCAGCAAGUUCAGCCCAGCUCUGAGAAAGAGUUUCAGGAUUUGUCCCCAAGUUCUGGAUCAUGUGAUCCUUUAUGUUCAUUGGACGAAACGAGCUCACAUGAUUUUGAGGCCAAUUACCGGCCAAAGACUGAUUUGCUGAAAGCUAUUGCAGUACUUGCAGCAGCUGCAACAGGGGCAGUAGCAAUUAACCAUUCCUGGGUUGCUGCCAAUCAGGAUGUUGCCAUGGCAUUGCUGUUUGGAAUAGGAUAUGUGGGCAUCAUCUUUGAAGAAUCUCUGGCCUUCAACAAAAGUGGAGUAGGUUUGUUAAUGGCUGUGAGCCUGUGGGUGGUGAGAAGUAUUGGGGCUCCUUCAACUGAUAUAGCUGUUUCAGAGUUACAACAUGCAUCUGCUGAAGUCAGUGAAAUAGUAUUUUUCUUGCUUGGUGCAAUGACAAUUGUAGAGAUCGUUGAUUCUCAUCAAGGAUUUAAGCUGGUUACUGACAAUAUAACCACUCGAAAGCCAAGGACGCUCCUUUGGGUGGUGGGUAUUGUGACUUUUUGCCUUAGUUCAGUUCUUGACAACCUGACAUCUACCAUUGUCAUGGUUUCUUUACUGAGAAAACUAGUUCCUUCCUCCGAAUUUCGCAAGAUUUUAGGAGCUGUUGUUGUCAUAGCAGCAAAUGCUGGUGGUGCAUGGACUCCUAUUGGUGAUGUUACCACUACCAUGCUGUGGAUACAUGGUCAGAUAUCCACAUUGGAAACAAUGAAGACCUUGUUUAUACCUUCAGCCGUUUCUCUUGCUGUUCCGCUGGCACUCAUGUCCCUGACUAGUGAAGUAAGUGGGAAAGCGCCGGACACGUCCAAUGUUAUGGCAUCUGAACAGAUGGCUCCUCGGGGAAAGCUUGUUUUUUCUGUAGGCAUUGGAGCUUUGGUUUUUGUUCCAGUGUUCAAGGCCCUAACUGGUUUGCCUCCUUACAUGGGUAUUCUGCUGGGACUUGGAGUCCUUUGGGUUCUGACUGAUGCUAUACAUUAUGGUGAAUCAGAAAGACAAAAGUUAAAGGUACCACAGGCUUUGUCACGAAUUGACACUCAAGGAGCACUUUUCUUCCUUGGCAUCCUGUUGUCUGUUAGCAGCCUGGAGGCAGCGGGAAUUCUUCGAGAGUUAGCAAAUUACCUGGAUGCUCACAUCCCCAAUGUUGAACUGAUUGCAAGUUCAAUAGGAGUUGUAUCGGCAAUUAUAGACAAUGUUCCACUGGUUGCUGCAACUAUGGGGAUGUACGAUCUAACUUCCUUUCCAAAGGAUUCUGAGUUUUGGCAACUGAUUGCAUAUUGUGCUGGUACUGGUGGAUCCAUGCUAGUUAUUGGUUCUGCAGCUGGAGUUGCUUUUAUGGGGAUGGAAAAGGUGGACUUCUUUUGGUACUUGCGGAAGGUGAGCGGUUUCGCUUUUGCCGGUUAUGCUGCCGGUAUUGCUGCCUAUUUAGCAGUUCAAAACCUCCACAUCUCCCUACCAACAACUGUAGCUCAGGUUCCUUUCCUUUCUGGUUCUUGAGUCGAGGCUUCCACAUGAAAAAAGCAAGUUGAACUUAGGUACCUUUAAAGCUUUGGGAAGGUGGCUGCUGCAUUGCAUUUUGUGUCUUAAUAAAGUGGCAAAAGUAAAAUAGCUUUAGGAAUUUAAAAGGUGAUAAGAUAGUUACAAAUUACUUCACUCAUAACAGGUCACAGGAUAUUGAAAAACAUAAGAGGAUCUAUAAAGUCAUUGUAUUCGGUACUGUAAGAAGAUUAUAUGAGAUCCAUAAAGUCAUUGUAUCCAGUAUUGUAAGAAGAUUAUAUGAGAGAUAAAACUCU